ACAUGCCACCAUGCACUUUUGGACUAGGCAAACACUCUGAGCAUGAAUUAUAUUAAUUCGUCCUAAAUAGUCCCUGCACACGUUUUCAUGUGUGAUCAUGGGUUAUGGUGAUUUGAAACAGUCAAUUGAAAUAAACUGCUCAGUAUGUACGCAACAACUAACAAACAUCAGAGAAGCAUUAGGUAGCAUAGAGUUGGAAAACCAAUCACCGUGGUGUUGGGAGUACUGGGUGAUUCCACGAGACAAGAAAUGCGCUCGCGCUUCCUGUGGUGUUCUUUCAGCACUAUGAGCACAAGCUUGCGCCGCAUUGGUUUGGCAGUGAGAGCGCGAAGGACCUGAUCUCAGUAACCCGCAGGGUCUUUUGAGCAUGUGAUGCCAAGGAUUGCAGAGAGAGAUCACCACUGUCCAGCCAGUGUGAGAAAUUCAGCCUAUCUUCUCUCCAGCUCCCUUAUCACUCAAACUACACCCCCUUCCCAGUGAUGCCAGGGACAUGCAUCAGCAGCUCUUUGAAGCCAAGAGGUAAUCAUCCCUAACCCUACGCUGAUUUAGAGAGGAGGGGCACCCAUGGUACGCCCCACCCUGUGCACCCACCACCACCCACCAGCUGCCUGCUGCUCCGAUCUUCCAGUGCUACACCAUCCCUCCCCUGACCCACUAUCCCACUCACCCGCACUGCUACCACCAUGGCCAGGGAGUCCAAACACCCCUCCCUCUCCCGUUACUGCUUCCUCAUCCUACUGACUACCAAAUGCUACUGGCUGUUGGUCUCUGCCACUCAGAAGGUCUCGGACCCGCAGCUGCCUCUGCAGGAGUACGCCCACUCUAUCCGGCUGGACGGUGACAUCAUGCUGGGUGGCCUAUUCCCUGUGCACUCCCGUGGCGAGAGAGGAGUGCCCUGCGGGGAGCUGAAGAAGGAGAAGGGCAUUCAUAGGCUGGAAGCCAUGCUGUUUGCCAUUGACCUGAUCAACAAGGACCCAGAGCUGCUACCGAACGUGACCCUAGGGGCGCGUAUCCUGGACACGUGUUCCAGAGACACCUAUGCCCUGGAACAGUCACUGACCUUCGUCCAGGCACUCAUCGAGAGGGAUGGCUCGGACGUGCGCUGCGCCAACGGGGACGCACCCAUCUUUGCCAAGCCGGAUAAGGUGGUCGGGGUCAUAGGGGCAGCGGCUAGCUCGGUGUCCAUCAUGGUGGCCAACAUCCUGCGGCUCUUCAAGAUCCCUCAGAUCAGCUAUGCAUCCACGGCGCCCGAGCUGAGUGACAACACACGCUACGACUUCUUCUCCCGUGUGGUGCCACCGGACUCCUACCAAGCUCAGGCCAUGCUAGACAUCGUAACGGCGAUGGGCUGGAACUAUGUGUCGACCCUGGCCUCGGAGGGGAAUUACGGUGAAAGUGGCGUGGAGGCUUUCGUCCAGAUCUCCAGAGAGUCUGGUGGUGUGUGCAUUGCCCAGUCUCUGAAGAUCCCCAGGGAGCCCAAGCCGGGGGAGUUUGACAAGCUCAUUCUGCGAUUGCUUGAGACCUCCAAUGCCCGAGCCGUCAUCAUGUUUACCAAUGAGGACGACAUUCGGCGUAUCCUGGACGCAGCCAAACGCAACAACCAGACUGGUCACUUCCUUUGGGUUGGCUCAGACAGCUGGGGGUCCAAGAUCUCCCCUGUGGUCCAGCAGGAGAGAGUGGCAGAGGGGGCCAUCACCAUCCUCCCCAAGAGAGCUUCCGUGGACGCCUUCGACCGUUACUUCCGGAGUCGCUCCCUCUCCAACAAUAGAAGGAAUGUAUGGUUCGCGGAAUUUUGGGAAGAAAACUUUGCGUGCAAGUUAGGGAUGCAUGGCAAGCGACCUGGGAGCCCCAAGAAAUGCACAGGACUGGAGAAGGUGGGUCGUGACUCAACCUAUGAACAGGAGGGGAAGGUACAGUUUGUGAUGGACGCGGUUUAUGCCAUGGCCCACGCCCUACACCGCAUGCACCGUGAGCUCUGCUCAGGGAACACAGGCCUGUGCCCACGCAUGCACAACAUUGACGGCAAGGAACUACUGACCUUCAUUCGGGCAGUAAACUUCAAUGGAAGUGCUGGGACUCCUGUCACAUUUAAUGAGAAUGGUGAUGCUCCAGGACGCUACGAUAUCUUUCAGUACCAGAUCAACAACAGGUCAACAGCAGAGUACAAGGUCAUCGGCCACUGGACCGACCAGCUACACCUAAAUAAGGAUGCCAUGCAGUGGACCAGUGGAGACCCCUCUGUGCCCACCUCUGUGUGCAGCCUGCCCUGCAAGAUGGGUGAGAGAAAGAAGGUGGUGAAGGGAGUACCAUGUUGCUGGCACUGCGAGCGCUGUGAGGGCUACCACUUCCAGGCCAGUGAGUUAAUUUGCGAGCUGUGCCCAUAUGAGCAACGACCCGACCAGAACCACACUGGGUGCCAACCUAUCCCCAUCAUCAAGCUGGAAUGGCACUCACCCUGGGCAGUGGUGCCAGUCUUCAUCUCUGUCCUGGGCAUUCUGGUUACCACCUUCGUCAUUGUCACCUUUGUGCGCUACCACGACACGCCCAUUGUCCGAGCCUCGGGCCGGGAGAUGAGCUAUGUUUUGCUUACGGGUAUCUUUCUGUGCUAUGCUAUCACCUUCCCCAUGAUCGCAGCCCCUGACGUUGCCGUUUGCUCCAUCAGGCGCAUCUUCCUGGGCCUGGGUAUGUGCUUCAGCUACGCAGCUUUGCUUACCAAAACAAACCGCAUCCACCGCAUCUUCGAGCAGGGCAAGAAGGCUGUGACUGCACCGCGGUUCAUCUCCCCGGCCUCCCAGCUGGUCAUUACCUUCAGCCUGAUCUUAGUUCAGUUACUAGGUGUUUUUGUGUGGUUUGCCACCGACCCGCCACACAUGGUGGUGGACUAUGGCGAGCAGCGCACGCAGGACCCUGAGAACGCCCGUGGGGUGCUCAAGUGUGACAUCUCGGACCUCUCACUCAUCUGCUCGCUUGGAUACAGUAUUCUCUUAAUGGUCACAUGCACUGUUUAUGCCAUCAAGACCAGGGGAGUGCCAGAGACCUUCAACGAGGCUAAGCCUAUUGGAUUUACUAUGUAUACUACCUGUAUAAUUUGGUUAGCUUUUAUACCUAUCUUCUUUGGGACGGCACAGUCAGCAGAAAGGAUGUACAUCCAGACAGCCACGCUGACCAUCUCCCUCAGCCUGAGCGCCUCCGUCUCUCUGGGGAUGCUCUACAUGCCCAAGGUCUACAUCAUCAUCUUCCACCCGGAGCAGAAUGUUCCCAAGCGCAAGCGCACCUUCAAGGCCAUCGUCACCGUCGCCACCAUGUCCAGCAAGCUGUCCCAGCUGGCCUCCGAGCGACCCAAUGGAGAGGUGAAGACCGAAAUCUGCGAGGGCAUGGAUGCCAGUAUGCCAUCAACCAAAACAAAGUAUGUCAGCUACACCAAUCAUGCCAUCUGAAGAGAGAAGCACUGAAUAGAGAAUUACUGAGGAAUUCCACAUGCAGACGUGGAUGUGUCAGAUUCACACAUGACAGGGCGUUACAACAAGCAUGAGACAUUGAUAUUGCUCAGAGUCCAAAUAACAACUGAGAGCGUGGCAGUCAAUAUAAAUAUGUCUGCGCUUUCAUGUUCACAGACAGAGCUAAUGGGCCUGCUGGACGCAGACAAAACACUAAACAAACCAUUCAAGAGACUUGACAAAAUGAGGGUGGUGAACAGAAGAGGAAAACAAAAGAGAAUUUAAAUAGAAAUUGUUGCGAUCAACCAUGUUAGUUAGUUUGUUAUUCUAAUUUUAUGUAUUUUGUGGUUGUGAAGAUUUCUCAUUCGUGUCUUAUGUCGUCUGAACUACAUUACGAGAUGAGUUUCUCUGUAUCAGCUAACUGAAUUGUAGUCUUGAGUUGUGAAAUCUGUAAAUGCCAUGGUUUAAGCAUGCACAUUUUUAUACAAAUACUUUAUUUAUAAUAAAGGAAUGUUUUGGAAAUGUU